AACCUGGUUGCGUGCAACUUUCAAGUGAGUUACAAACUCCGCCCCGGACACUGGUGCCGGUGGUCGGUCGCCCCGGGACCCUGGCGGUCCUUGAGAGCGGAGAUCGGGACCUGCUUCUCCGAACCGGGACUAGCAGCGGCGCCCCCAACGGGCGAACGCGCGGUUCUCCGCGGUAGGAAUUGUUGGACUGAGCCAGAAUUUCGAGGCACGGGGCGGAGGAACGCGCCCGCCCUCCCCGCUCCCAAGUCGGCUUCCUCUUCAAGGCCCUAAGUCCACUGGUUCCGGGUUCUCCAGGCUCCUCGCACUGCUGGAUCGGAGUCAGAGGUGGUGGUCUCUUCCUACACCUAGGGGUGUACUGCAGCACCACUCGACCCUUUGCCCCAGCUCCUGAGUGGAGCGUCCCUCCAGUUGUCUCUUGGGGUCAUCCUCAAGGCUGUCAGGAUGGUAUCCUGGAUGAUCUGUCGCCUAGUGGUGCUCAUAUUUGGGAUGCUGUAUCCUGCAUAUGCUUCCUACAAGGCUGUGAAGAGCAAAAACAUUCGAGAAUAUGUCCGGUGGAUGAUGUACUGGAUUGUCUUUGCAAUCUUCAUGGCAGCAGAGACCUUCACAGAUGUCUUCAUUUCCUGGUUCCCUUUUUACUAUGAGAUUAAGAUGGCUUUCGUGCUAUGGCUGCUGUCACCUUACACCAAGGGAGCUAGCCUUCUUUACCGAAAGUUUGUCCACCCGUCCCUAUCCCGCCAUGAGAAGGAGAUUGAUGCUUGCAUUGUGCAGGCAAAGGAGCGCAGCUACGAGACCAUGCUCAGUUUCGGGAAGCGGGGCCUCAACAUCGCUGCCUCGGCUGCUGUGCAGGCUGCUACCAAGAGUCAGGGUGCUCUGGCUGGAAGGCUACGGAGCUUCUCCAUGCAAGAUCUCCGCUCUAUCCCUGACACCUCUGCUCCCACCUACCAAGAUCCCCUCUACCUGGAAGAUCAGGUACCCCGACGAAGACCCCCGAUUGGGUACCGGCCAGGCGGCCUGCAAGAUAGUGACACGGAGGAUGAGUGUUGGUCAGACAAUGAGAUAACCCCCCAGCCACCUGCCCGGCCCCGAGAGAAGCCUCUGAGCCGCAGCCAGAGCCUUCGGGUGGUCAAGAGGAAGCCAUUGGUUCGAGAGGGCACCUCACGCUCCCUGAAGGUCCGAACCCGGAAAAAGACGAUGCCCUCGGACAUGGACAGUUAGAUUCUGCAGUCAGGCCAUCUUACCUCUCUAGCCAGCAGGGGACCUUUUGCUGCUGCUACACCAGCUGCCUGGGCUCUGCCCUUUCUGGCUUCUGCAACUGCCUACCCGGCAUAGGGAUACACGUACAGUAUACCAAAGCAGGCCAGGCCCAGAGUCCUAUUUAUUGCCUUCCUCAUCCUUUUCCCUUUCCAGACAUGGGACCAGAGCCCCACUAGUCCCUCUAGAUGAAAUCAAAAGUCCAACCUGUUGUGUUCAUUCCUUCUUGUCCUUCAAAGUACUUGACAGCCUUCUUCAAGGCCUGGUGUGUGUGUGUGUGAGUGUCCUAGCUGUGUGUUUCAUGUUGGUGAGUGAGGUCAGGCUUGUGGAUGUUUUUAUAAAUAAAUACCUAAUGGUGUUUGGCUUCCCUGA